CUUUGUACCAUUAUACAUGGUUGUAAUUUCAGUCGUCUAUACACAUUAUACAGUCGGCCAUGUUGGCGAUGUAUCUUUAUAUUGCCCAACUGCAAACUAUGCUUCCUUGGUAGUUCCUAGUAUAUUUGCAUAUUGGGGUGGAUGUUGCCCAAGUGAAGAAGAUUUUAAAGUCCAUUCAAGAUUUUUGUCAAGCGUCAAUCUUGGUUCUAAAGAUGAUAGUGAGGCGUUAUUGAGAAAAUUUAAUUGA